AUCAUAUGACAGCACAGCACCAAAACAGCUUUCAGAAUAGCAAUGGUUGCUAUCCUCAAAUGGCUGAUCAUAUUUCUCGUCAUUGCAAGAGUUUAUGGAGGAUGCAGUCUGAGAAACCUUGAAGUGCGACAAUAUGAUACAGGAAAACUGGUUAAGGGGUACCACGAGUAUGCUGUGAGCAUCUCCAACAAAUGCAGUGAACUGUGCGUUCAAAGGCAUGUGAAGUUAAACUGCACUGGAUUUCAAACCGUGGAAAAGGUACAGCCUUCGAUUUUCAGAGUGUCCGGUGAUGUUUGUGUUGUUAACAAUGGUCUGCCCAUCACUUCUGAUGCAACCACAAACUUCCGCUAUGCUUGGAGCAACUCCUUCCAUUUCAAUCCAAUUUCAUCCGACAUCCAUUGUUACAAAUCCUAGAAUCUAUAUGUGAAACAGGAAAUAAGAGACUCGCUCUUUUGCAAGCCUCCAUUUCAGUUUUUAUAAUUUGUUUUAAACUGCUGCUAAUAUUCGAGAAAUUCUCCCAAUGCGUUUUUUCACACAUCUAAUAC